AAACACUAUCCAGCAGCGAAUUAGCUACAAACUGAAAUCUAUUCCCGGCAAUGGCUAGUCUGAAAUCCCUUCUGACUCCAAUAUUUCUCUCCGUCUUGUCAUGUUGGUGCCUUGGAAAUUCUGGGCCACAACUUUCGCAGGCUCAGAUCGUACACACCAAUGACACCAUCAAACCUGGUGAAGUGCUUGUUUACCCACAGCAGUUGGUUUCAGCUGAUGGGAGAUUUGUUCUAGGCUUCUUUAACAACAGUCCGGAUGCUGGAUAUUUAGGAAUAUGGUACGGCGCCGAUGAUGGAUCCAACUCCAAGGUAUGGAUUGCUAACCGAGACACACCUAUACAAAUUAAUAGUCACAUAAAUCUCACAAUUGACGCAGACGGCCUAUUGAAAAUUGUGCAUGAUGGAGGGAGCCCAAUUCUGUUGAAUGAUAAUGAAGCAACACCAAACUCCACCGCUACUCUAGAAAACUCGGGCAACUUCAGAGUGAAAGAGUUGAAUUCUGAUGGAUCUAUUAAGAGGAUCUUAUGGCAAAGCUUUGAUCAUCCGACGGACACACUUCUUCCUGGUAUGAAACUAGGCAUCAACUUCAAAACACAGCAAAAAUGGAUGCUUACUUCAUGGUUAACUGAACAAAGCCCUGCCCCCGGAGGCUUUUCUCUUGAAUGGAACCUUACAGCAAAUGGGACAGGACAGUUGGUGAUGAGACAUCGAGGAAAUAUGUAUUGGGUUAGUGGGGUUGGGAACAAUUCCGACUUUGCCAAUGCUGGUAUGAUGACUUUGGAUGGUCUCUAUAACUAUCUCAAUUACGUGUCUAAUGAGAAUGAGAGUUACUUCAGUAAUUCUUCUCCAGAUAGGAAUGUUUCGAGGUGGGUCUUGAGCUCAGACGGAGAACUUACAGAUAACCCAAAACUUAUAUUUGUGAGACGUGGGAUGUGUUUUGGCUAUUCCUCUGAUAUUCCUGGGUGUGUAGAGCAAAAUGCACCCAAUUGCAGGAAUAUCAAUCAUAAGUUCGAGCAAAGACGGGGUUAUUUUCUUCCACCAUCACCUCAUUUGGAUGACAAUUCAAGCAUCAGUAUUGGUGAUUGUUGGGCUCAAUGCUGGAGCGAUUGUUCCUGUGUUGGUUUUGAUACGUUUCCCAUUAAUGAUACUGCAUGUCGGUUCUACAAUAGUCAAUUUGAAGAAGAUAAAGCUCGCAAUUAUGCACAAUUAUAUGUUCUAAUUGAAACUGUUGUAGAGCCUAGCAGAGAAAAGAAAUGGUGGAUAUGGAUCAUAGUAGCAACAGUGGCAGCUUUAGUUGUAAUUUUGGGAUUCUUAUGCCUUUUGCAGAGGAAAAAACUCCAACGGGAGCAAGAAAGCAACGAGGAAGAAGCUGUAUUACUUGAAUUGACGACUUCAAACAGAUUUGGGGAUGCAAAUGAGCUUAGCAAUGAUGGAAAGAAAAGUCGUGAUUUGAAAGUAUUUACAUUUGCGUCCAUUGUGGUUGCCACAGACAACUUUUCUACUGAAAAUAAACUUGGACAAGGGGGUUUUGGUCCUGUAUACAAGGGAAAAUUACCAGAGGGCCAAGAGAUAGCCGUGAAGAGACUUUCUAGAAGUUCUGGACAAGGAUUAGUGGAGUUCAAGAAUGAACUUAUACUAAUUAUCAAACUACAGCACAUGAAUCUUGUUAGACUUUUGGGUUGUUGUGUUUAUAGAGAUGAAAAGAUGUUGAUCUAUGAAUACAUGCCCAACAAAAGCUUGGACUUUUUUCUCUUUGAUCCAAAGAAAAGGGAGCUUUUGGAUUGGAAGCGACGUUACAACAUCAUUGAAGGCAUUGCUCAAGGGCUUCUUUAUUUGCAUAAAUACUCUAGACUAAGGAUUAUUCAUAGAGAUCUGAAAGCAAGUAACAUCUUGCUUGAUGAUGACAUGAAUCCCAAAAUAUCAGAUUUUGGCAUGGCCAGGGUUUUUGAGCGGAACGAUGCUGAAGCGAAUACCGUGAGAAUAGUUGGAACAUAUGGUUAUAUGUCACCAGAGUAUGCCAUGGAAGGGAAAUUUUCAGAGAAGUCAGAUGUAUAUAGUUUUGGAGUUCUAAUAUUGGAGAUUGUUAGUGGCCAAAAAAAUAGUGGCGUUUAUGAUUGUGAACGCCCCAUGAGCUUAGUAGGAUAUGCUUGGAAAUUAUGGAGGGAAGAUAGAAGUUCGGAGCUAAUGGAUUCAACUCUGGUUGAAUCCAAUUCUGCGAUCCAGAUUUUGAGAUGCAUUCAUGUUGGUCUCUUAUGCGUACAAGAGUUUGCAGUGGAUAGGCCAACUAUGUCUGAUGUUAUCACUAUGCUUACCAAUGAAACUGUAUCACUUCCUACUCCAAAACAAAUAGCAUUUUCCUCUCAAAGAAAUUCGAUAGAGACAAAUCCAUCUAACGAUGAACAGGAAAGGUGUUCAGCAACUGUAACCACUUCUGAGAUGGAUCCCCGAUAAAUAUAGGGUGAAAGAAAUGUUUUUUUGUGUUCUGGUAAGGCAUUUUUUGAUUUUUCAAUGUGCUAUGAUAUUGUUUUUGUGAUUUUCCCACGAGAAAAGAAAAAGGGCAGAAUUGCUUAUGCAAAAUGAGA